GCUCGGAAGAUGGCUGGCGCUGGAGGGAAUGCCCUCUUGCAACCGCAGCGCCGAGCGGAGCGCAGGCUUGGCGGGGCCGCGCGGGGGACGCUGCUCGGGCCGGAUCGAGGAAGCGCCCACCAUCGCCCUCCUUUUGCACCAGCGGCAGGGAUUGCAAUCGCCGCCUGGGUUUUAAUUUUUUAAUCUCUAUAUCGAUCUAUCUCUAUAUUUCCUUCUUUAUUUUUUAUUUUUUGGAAAGAGUUCCCGUUCGCCACCUUCCCUCGUUCAGCCCUGAAAGCACCAUGAGUCUCCCUGAAGAUGCAGUGAAGGAAAAAUUGCUCUGGAAUGUGAAGAAGGAGGUGAAGCAGAUCAUGGAAGAAGCCGUCACCCGGAAGUUUGUGCACGAAGACAGCAGCCACGUCAUUGCAUUGUGCGGGGUGGUGGAAGCUUGCCUCCUGCACAUGCUCAAGAGACGGGCAGCCGGCUUCCUGCGGACCGACAAGAUCGCCGCCCUCUUCACCAAGGUCGGCAAGACGUACGACGUUGCCAGCGAUGUGUGCAGGAAAGCCCAGGAGCUGCUGCAGCAGGUAGAAGGCAGCAGGAGAAGUCAGCCGGCUGGCCAGGAAUCCCUCAAGAGGCAGACGUCCACCACAAGCAAAGCCCCUGCGCUGACCCCACAAGCGGUCAAGCAUAUCUGGGUUCGCACCGCUCUGAUCGAAAGGGUGCUGGACAAGAUUGUGCAGUACGUGGUGGACAACUGCAGCAAAUAUUACGAGAAAGACGCUCUGCUGGCAGAUCCGGUCUGUGGGCCCAUCUUGGCUUGCCUGCUGGUUGGACCCUGUGCCCUGGAAUACACCAAGCUGAAAACGGCCGACCAUUUCUGGACAGACCCCUCGGCCGACGAACUGGUUCAACGGCAUCGCAUCCACGGAGCCCACGGCCGGCAAGACUCUCCGUCCAAACGGCCGGCGUUAGGAAUUCGGAAACGGCACUCCAGCGGAAGCAUGUCGGAGGAUCGCUUUGCUGCCUCGGCUAGAGAUUACGUCGAGUCGUUGCACCAGAAUUCCCGGACGCACUUGCUGUAUGGAAAGAACAACGUCCUGGUUCAGCCCAAAGAUGACAUGGAGGCCAUCCUGGGCUACCUCUCUCUCCACCAGUCAGCCGAUUCCCUCACUCUGAAAUGGAUGCCGAAUCAGCUCAUGAACGGGACGCUGGGGGACCCGGAGCUUGAGAAAAGCAUCUACUGGGACUAUGCUUUGAUUGUGCCAUUUAGCCAAAUCGUGUGCAUCCACUGCCAUCAGCAACCAGAGCGAGGGGGGACGUUGGUUCUGGUGAGCCAAGAUGGCAUCCAACGGCCCCCACUUCACUUCCCGCCUGGUGGACACCUCCUUGCCUUCCUUUCUUGCCUUGAAAACGGCCUUCUGCCCCGUGGACAGUUGGAGCCUCCACUGUGGUCCCAGCAGGGAAAGGGCAAAGUGUUCCCCAAACUCCGGAAACGGAACACCCACAACAAGACUGUGGAUCUGGAAGAAAUGCCGGCAGCUAUGGAGACGGCUGCAGAUUACGUCUUCAGGAUCAUUUACCCAGGCCAUAGGCACGAAAACAUAACUAUUAACUACCACCACUUAGCUGCCAGCCGCUCUGCCUCCGUCGACGAUGACGAGGACGACGAAGACAAGCUGCACUCAAUGCUAUCCAUGAUCUGCAAUCGGAACCUCACAGAUCCUAAAAGGAUGAAAGAUAUCGGCGACACAUCCGAGAUGCAGGGGUUUGGGGCCAGCUUGUUGUGGCAACUGGAUCCGUGCAGCCAGGGGUCCAGCUGCCUCUCGUGCUCCACCGGCAGCUCCCCUUAUGAUGUUCCCAGCUGCUGCACCUGCAUUCACGACAGGACCCCUCUAAAAAUGUUGUGCCAAAGCAUGAAGAAACAGAUUAUUUCCAGAGCCUUCUAUGGAUGGCUCGCCUACUGCCGCCACUUGUCGACCGUCCGGACGCACCUGUCUGCUCUGGUAAGCCACACCAUCAUCCCUCCGGACAAACCCACGAGUGCUGCGGGGGGCCUGACGAAAGAGGUCUGGAGCAAAUAUCAGAAGGACAAGAAGAAUUACAAGGAGUUGGAGCUCCUCCGGCGAGUUUACUAUGGCGGGGUUCAGCACGACAUUCGGAAGGAGGUGUGGCCGUUCUUGCUGGGACACUACAAGUUUGGCAUGACCAAGAAAGAGAUGGGCCGGGUCGAUGAGGAAAUUGCGCUCAGGUAUCAGAAGGUGAUGGCCGAAUGGAAAGCCUGCGAGGUGAUUGUGAAGCUCCGGGAGAAGGAGUCUCAAACGGCCACCAAGUUCUCCUCUGGCAGCAGCAUAGAUAGCCACGUCCAGCGGCUGCUCCACAGGGACUCCACCAUCAGCAAUGAUGUGUUUAUAUCCGUCGAUGAAAUGGACCCGGUAGAGCGAGACCUGAAGGUUCAGGAAGACCCAUCUUUGACCAGGGUCUGCAGCGAUGCGCCAACAGUCAUUGUGGCCGUGGAGCAGCAGCAGUCGGUAGAAUUUGACUCCCCCGACUCCGGGCUCCCGUCCUCCCGGAAUUACUCCGUCACGUCGGGCAUCCUGUCCAGCAUUGAUGACGGGCAGAGCGUCUGCUUUGAGGACGGGGCCGAGGAGGAAGCUGGCUCUGAUCCACAGAGGCAAGAUUCCGAUCAGGAUCCUCAGGCCAAGGGCCCGGAAACCCAGGAGUUAGUAACCGAGGAACAGCUCUGUUCCCAGAUGGACUGUAAGGAACCUGCAGAGGCGGCCAUCUCCGUGUGUUCUGCGUCUUAUACGAUAGAAAUGUUGGACACUGUUGCCUUAAACUUGCACAGAAUCGAUAAAGAUGUACAGAGGUGUGAUCGGAAUUAUUGGUAUUUCACCGCUGAAAACCUGGAGAAACUACGGAACAUUAUGUGCAGUUACGUUUGGGAACAUUUAGACGUUGGCUACGUCCAAGGAAUGUGUGACCUCCUGGCUCCACUCAUGGUUAUACUUGACAAAGAUGAGUUGGCUUACAGUUGCUUCACCCACCUCAUGAAGAGAAUGAGUCAAAAUUUCCCUAACGGAGGUGCCAUGGACACACAUUUUGCAAACAUGAGGUCCCUGAUCCAGAUUCUGGAUUCCGAACUCUUCGAACUGAUGCACCAGAACGGGGAUUACACUCACUUCUACUUUUGCUACCGUUGGUUCCUGCUGGAUUUUAAGAGAGAAUUGUUGUACGAGGAUGUUUUUACAGUGUGGGAAGUUAUUUGGGCAGCAAAGCACAUCUCUUCAGAACAUUUUGUCCUUUUCAUUGCCUUAGCACUGGUAGAGGCCUACCGAGAGAUUAUCCGCGAUAACAACAUGGACUUUACUGAUAUCAUCAAGUUUUUUAAUGAAAUGGCAGAGCACCACAGCGCACAGGAGAUCCUGAAGAUCGCGAGAGAUCUGGUCUGCAAAGUGCAAACGCUGAUCGAGAACAAGUGAGCGCAGACGCAGAGGAGGAACGAGAGCAGCAACUGCAACCUGGCCUGCACCUUUUAGGGGGGGGGGAGGAAGGGGGAACGAGAAUUUGCCUGCACUUGUCACUUCAAUUAAUGGUUUACUGGCAUCUUCUUCCAUGUAAUAAUGUUUGUAAAUACCCGAGAGAGUUCUUUCCAGGAGAAGAAAAAGCACACAGGAAAAACAAGGUGGCUUCCCACCAGGAGUUGAGGUUGUGUACAAGAGUCUUCACUGCAGACUCUGUAUUUCAGGGCCAAAAAAUGUUUGUCUUUCGUUUCUCCAGUUUGUGGCGUAGAGUUUCCCAGUGGUCAAACAGUGGCGAGCAUGUGCAGAAGGGAGACUGAUGUGUGCGGGCCACCCCCCACUGUAAUGUGUGCAAAGCCUUGUCCGUCUUUGAACCCACCUACCCACUUGCAGGAGAUCCUUCCCAACGCCCCACCUUCUCGCCAUUAUUUCAAGAGCAUCUCCCUGUUCUAAGCCAGCAGCAUCUAUGAAAAGCUGCUCCAAAUUCUGUGACGAGAUCGGGCGUAGACCGAGGUGGGGCAUCCUUCUGAGGUGUAUAGGCAAAGGACCUUGUGCCGAAAAAACAAGCCUGUAUGUCUCUGUAGCUCGUCUGCAAACUGGAGCCCCCCCCCCAGCGUUUGCAGCACAACGGAAGCUCUGUGGAAGUUAAGUGCCAAAAAACAGGCUUCCCUUUACUUAUGUCACCCCUAUGAAGCAUUUUAUCCUGAAGCGCUUGGCCCUGAACAGGGAAACCAAGAUAACCAGCCACGGAUAGAGAAAGCUCACCAAAAAAUAGUGGGAAAGGGAAGGCAGGUAGUCCCAUUUCCCCCCCCUGCACAACGAGGGCUAAGAACCUUGAUUUUUCUUUUAAAAAAGAGAGCAACCAGCCAAACUGUGGAGCCCCAAGAGGUGCUGAAUUCUACAAAUGCAUGAAAUAAUUAUGUAUACUUGCCCCGAUUUCCUUCUCCGUUGCCAGUUUGAGGAUCUUUCAGUUUUUAUGGCGCCUCGUCGUUCUUCAGCUUUUUCUGUUAUAUAGACCGUUGUGAACAGGGCGAAACCUUGUUGCUGGUUUGCAGAGGCUCACAGCCCGCCUCGCAAGGGGUGCAUCACCCUUCGUGAUUCAACCCAGUGCUGGAGAAAGAUAUGGGUGGUGGGGCAGCUAGCCCCCAAAGCAUCGCUGGCUUCCAUCUAGUUGGGUUUGUUUUGUUCCUUUUCCCUUGGAAUGCAAUAGAGGGAAAAGUCUUAAUCAGGAAACUGACUCUUUUUUUGGCUAAUGCUGGCAUGCUCACGUGGUUUGUCCCUUAGUCCUGUCGUUUUUCCUCUUUCUUCCUCGUGCCAAGUUAAGUGUUCGAAACAUGCAUGGUUCUGCCAGACAGUGUUGCAGGUGAGGAAACUGAGUUUCCGAUUUUGUGUGCAUUUUCAUUCAGUUGAAAGGUGAAGUCUUUAAAAUCCCCAAAACGCCCUCGGGUCUCCCCUUUAACCCUGAUGGGUUCAUCCAUGUUUUAGAAAUUAAAACACAGUGCACUACAUUUUUGGAGAAUGUAUUAUAUACACGACACUUUACUAUGUAAAAAAAAAAACAGAGAGAGAAAAAGGAAACACAACCAAAAGAAAAAGAAAAAUUAACGAAUUUAACUGUGCAAACUUUGUUGUACCUGUUUAUUAUAAUGUUUCUGCAUAAUAGUAUUUUAUGAAUAUUGUGUACUGCCUUAUUUUUGUCAGGAGCAGAAUAUUUUCUUUAUUGCUCAAGAGUUUAUUUAUCUUUUAAGUGCAACCAAUGGAUUAAAAGAAAAUACAUAUUGUCAAAGGUU